AUGGUGGAAAGGCAUAAAAUCAAGGUUCCCUUAGCAAAACUGGCUGGCACUCCUUCCAAGGAUCAAACACCUUACAACCCCAUGGGAGACAGUCCCUUACAGCGUUAUGUUCCGCCCCACGAGACGGCAGAGGAUGUGACCAUUGUAGCUGCAAAGGCAGGCUCAGAAGACACAAGCUGGAUCUACGACUUUUGUGACGAAUACCGAUGCACUGCCUACCUCUACUCCCUUGACGAGAACCCCAGCGACGACUUCUUGACCCCCUACUCCCGACGAGGCCACGAGGCGAGCGCAUACCUCACAUACAUCAUCGAUAACUAUCAAAACCUCGCACCGUACACCAUCUUCAUCCACGGUCGUACCGACCAAUGGCAUAAUGAUGUGGCAGGUCCGAAUACCAGGAACGUCCUUGCGAACCUCCGCUAUGAAGCUGUCAGCAUAAACGGAUACGUGAACCUGCGUUGCACAAACCGGCCUGGAUGCCCGAGUACAAUGCAUCAAGCCUUCCCCGUGGCUAUCGAUGAGGACUACCAGUACAUGAUUGAUCAGCUUCCUCAGAUCCUGUGGGAACUUCUGAGAAUUGACCCCAGCGAGACUCCUGAUGAUAUCGGCCAUCAGUGCUGUGCGCAGUUUGCCGUGAGUCGGGAGCGGAUUCAGGAAAGGCCUGUGGAAGACUAUAUCCGGAUCUUGAAUUGGAUUGCGAAUACAGACAUUACUGAUAAUUAUGGUCUUGGGUGGUUGAUUGAGAAGCUUUGGCAUAUUAUUUUUGGGAUGCCUGCAGUAUAG